GUUUUAUUCGUUUGUUUUGUGUUUGCGGGACAGAAGUUUCACGUAGACGGUCAGGGACAACAGAAGAGAGCUGUGGUCUCCAAAUGGACACGGUCAGAGGCGAAAACGACACAUUCAGGAAGUAAAAACAACGUCAUCCAAGCAGAAUGUGAAGAAACAGAAGAAGAAGAAAAAGACGAAGGAUGUGCUCCAGGAAAAGCACCGAGGACCUGCAGCCUUUAGCCUCAGACCCAGCUCUGAUCUUGGAGCUGAAGACCAGGAGGCCUCUGUCUGUGGAGUGGCGAGCGGGAUGUGAGACGUGGAGCGUGGACUUCUCCCCGGACGGAGCCUGGUUCGCCUGGUCUAUGGGACACGGCAUCGUGUGGGUCGUUGCUUGGCCGCUGGACUCAGAAGACAGUCAACAUGAAGAGACAGACAGAGGGGACAAAAGCUUCAGCUGCGGGGAGCCGGUGUGGGGCCUCGCCUUUGGACCCAGACCUCCAAAAUCCACUGCAGAUUCUUCAGCGAAAAAGACAAUAAAAGGGAAUAAAAGCACACUGCUGCUCGCCACCGGCCUGGAGAGUGGUGUUAUUAAAAUCUGGAAUGUUUUAACAGGUGAUGCUGUUUUUGAUCUCCACGGGCACGAGGGCGUGGUCAGAAAUCUGGUGUUCCCUCAAAACGGAACACUCACUCUCAUAUCAUCCUCUCGAGACAAGACCUUAAGGAUAUGGGACCUGACUCAUAAAGGUAAAAAGGUGCAGGUUCUGUCUGGACAUAAGGACUGGGUGAGCUCUUGCUGUGUGUCGUCUGACUGCAGUAUGAUCGCUUCUGUUGGAAGGUUUGACAGAAUGGUGUGUCUGUGGAGCCUUCGCUCCUACACGUUCAUUAGGAACCUAAGUGGAGGCACCCAGAGGACUUUGUACCUCCUGUCCUCGUGUGACUUCUCGCCUGACGGAGCCGUCCUGGCCACGGCGGCCUUCAGCGGCUCCAGUUGGUGGAUCGACCUGUGGGACCCUUACACUGCAGAGAAACUGUCCAGUUUAGUUGACUACUUUGAAGAUUAUGGACAAAAUCAGAUUUCAGCCAUACAGUUCUCUCCCAACGGCCUGCACCUGGCCAUAGUCACUGACGACAGACCACUACGAAUCUGGGAACCUGGCAAGAAGGGAAUGGUGAUGCAGGCAAAAACUGACCGAAGAUCCAAUGGGCUGUGCUGCAAUUACCAUCCAGAAGGGGGCGUGGUCGCCACGGGGACGAGGGACGGCCAUGUGCGCUUUUGGCACGCGCCUCAAACGAUCCCCAGUCUGAGCCAUCUGUGUCGGUCCAUCCUGCGCCACUCCGUGUCCACCCACCAGAUGGAGCCACUACCUCUGCCCAAGAGGAUCCUGCAGUACCUGACCUACAGGAACAUCCCGCACCUCAAAACCUGCUGCUCCGACAAUGAAGAGUGGGAAAACUGAAUGUGGAAACGACCCUUAAAGCAAUAACGUACAAAAGAGCCAGCGAUUGUUAUUAUGACAAUGCCUCUUUUUGGUUUAACAAGAUGUUUUAAUCUUCAUGCUAACUAAAGCAUCUUAUAUUCCAUUUUAUAAGUGUAACCAUAUCAAACACAUAUUGCACUACUAUUCUACAAUGAACAUAAUGCAAAGUUCAUGGUUUAUUACUUGAAUCUCACUUUAUACUGUUAAUUUAUCAUGUACAAAAUACUUAAAUACUUUAUAAAUUCCUAUGCACUGUUACCUUUGCGUAUUAAUGUUAAUAAUA